GUACAACGGGGGUUAAAGGUCGAACGGAUGUUCCUGAAGCUUCUGGUGGUCUGGCGGGCUUGGAGCUAUGGCUAAACAUCAUCCAGAUUUGAUCUUUUGCCGCAAGCAGGCUGGUGUUGCCAUUGGAAGACUAUGUGAAAAAUGUGAUGGCAAGUGUGUAAUCUGUGACUCCUACGUGCGUCCCUGCACCCUGGUGCGCAUAUGUGAUGAGUGUAACUAUGGCUCUUACCAGGGGCGCUGUGUGAUCUGUGGGGGCCCUGGAGUCUCUGAUGCUUAUUAUUGUAAGGAAUGCACCAUCCAGGAGAAGGAUAGAGAUGGCUGCCCCAAAAUUGUCAACUUGGGGAGCUCUAAGACAGACCUCUUCUAUGAACGCAAAAAGUAUGGCUUCAAGAAAAGGUGAUUGGUGGGUGCCCCCUUCAUCCCCACAUCAAGCUGCUGCAGCUGCCAAGAAAGACGCCCACUACCACCAGCAGAGAGGGAGCAGAGCCCAGAGCAUCGCCAGAAUUGCCUGCUAGUGUCCCGGCACCUUGACAUCCCUUUUCCCCUCAUCCAGACUUGUUAGAAAUGGAAAAGGAUUCUCCACAGACCACCCUGGCAGACUAUGUAAGGGAAAAAUAGAUUGUUUUUUCUUGAAUUUGGGAAGCAAGGCUCUGUUCUCCACAUGGAUAUGUUCUCUCACCAAGACCUUCAAGAAAGGAAUAAUAUUUCACUCUACUCUUUGAGGACUUUGCUGUAAAGCACACACAGGGGAAAACAGGUUCUUGCAGCAGCUCUGAUGGCAACUGUACUUGGGGGGCCUUCAGUGUGUGGUGGGAGCUACCAGAAUGGUAAUUGUGGGCAUUUAGGCUUGUACUGCUUUCAUGUUACUUUCCUUCUAAGAAUUUGAAACGCUGUCUGUUGCUAUUAUGUUAAUAAAGUUGGGGCUUAUUUUCUGAUA